AUGGGCUGCGGCAGCUCCUCGAAGCGCGGCGCGAAGGCUCAGGUGCUCGGGAACGCCACGUCGCGUGCGGAGAAGCAGGACUUUUCGCCUCGGGGCCUGAGCCGGGGCGACGAGGCCACCGAGGAGGGCGGCGCUGCGGGGCACCCAGCCAGCGCACCGCAGGCUGACGCCGCCCGCCUGGAGGCGGUCGAGCAGCUGGCCCUGAUCCCGCAAAUCAUCAAGAAGGUCGCGGUGAUCCGCGUCCAGGCUGAGCAGUACCGGAGCGUUGUCCAGCAGGAGAUCAUCUCCAUCGAGCAGGAGGUCCUCGAGAAUCUGCAGGGCAGCACCACGGCCGGCGUGGAGAACGGCGUGGUGAUGGCCUCCUACUCCCCCGAAGACGAGGAGGCCGCGGGCACGGGCGUCAUGGAGGGGCUCGAGGGCGAGGCGCUGGAGAUCAUCGUCAAGGACGCGGGCGGCUGGGCGUACUGCCGGAAGCAGGGGCACGAGACGCCCGGCUGGCUGCCGUCCACGCGCGUGGCGGAGCUCGCGAUGCUGAAGGCGGACCACCAGGGCCAGGACAGCCAGGAGGCCACCGGCUUGCUCACCCUCAAGAAAGGCGACAUGGUCGAGGUGAUCAACCGGCACUACAGCGGCUGGACCUUCUGCAGGGAGUGGAACGGCCCGCCCCUCCCCGGCGUGCCGUCCGAGCGCAAG